GUACUUAAUUACCAUAAUUAUGAACACAAGUUAUUAAGUUGACAAUCAUUUUUAAAAUAACGUUGCUCCAUUUAGAGUUUCUCCAGCUGAAUUCAGCCUUUUAAACCAGGAAAAAUGACUAAUUUUAAGUCGUGUAAUUCUGCACAAAGAGCAAACUGACUACAAUGUAGCUAGAAGGUUAUAUGUGCGAAUGACAAAAGAUUUUUUUUUUUUAAAUGUGUCAAUACAUGAAAUUAGAUUACACAAUGUAGUUGACGUUUACACGAAUAAGCAGAAAUUUAAUGAUGCUUUUCUUUCCUAUAGCACAAAUGAAAAGCCCUCUCUAGAUGAGCAGAUUUGUCAAAUGAAACUUUUUCAUUCUUUUCCACUGCUAUGGUAAACUAAAGGCUACAUUUUCAAAUUACACUGUUAAAUAUGACUAGUAUUAGCUAUGUGUAGUAGUGCAAAAUCAACUGGUCCAUCAACUGUAUUAGCAGGUGUAGCCUAUACACAAGUCCACUAUUGGUCAUAUCACAAUUGAGAAUAUGUCCCAAAUUCAUUGCUUUUGUAGAAUUUAUUUGUAAAUGAAAUGAUACUCACACUGAAACGUCCGUUGUAUAGUAUUUAUUCAGACUACAGGUCCUCUAACACAGUCUUAACUGUCUGAAUUUGUCCAGGCAUGUUAAAUGGGUACGGACUUGACAUUAGUGACUUGAAGUUAUCAAGACUUAAUUUCGUUAAGUUACUGCUUUCUUCUAGAGCUCAAUUAAUAGAUCUUGUAUGGUAGUGCUACUUGUAUUGUUCUCUGCUUGUUAGAUCGCUUUUCUUGUGUUCUCUCAUUUGUAAGUCGCUUUGGAUAAAAGCGUCUGUUAAAUGUAAAUGUACUACUACUUAAAUUUUGUUUUAAAUCAAUUAAGGCAGAAAUUUCAGUUUAAAUUGCACACAAUAUUAAGUUGAUGUAAUUAUCAACGUUAUUAUGUCAACACAAUUCAUCAAAAAAUAAUGUUUACAACUUUAAAUAUUUAAUUAAAUCAAUAAAUUAGAAUUUUUAUCUUGCAACCACAAAUUUAAUUAAGUUGUGGUAAUAGGUCCCUGAAUUACUUUUUAGACAAAAACGUCGUGAUUAUUUCUGACCACGAGUUUCCUGAGACAACAGGAAACACACACACAUACAUACAUACAUACAUACAUACAUACAUGCAUAUCCUCUGUCUAACACUCACGAACCAGGUGAAAGGUCAUCACCAACCGUCAUUAUCUUCACAAGAGUAGGUCAAAGAUUAAUAUCGGUGGUCCUUCACAUAGAUCCGUAUGUUAAACAUUUAAAGAUGAUGUUUUAAAAGAAACGGGUGUUUCGUCCAUAAUGGUGAAAAAGAAACAUGGUUGUACUGCAAUGUGAAAUAAAUCGGUGGAGACACACUGAGUACAUUUCUGUUCCACAGUCUAUAAGGAUCCCCACCCUUAAUAUAGAGUGACAAAUGUACAUACCCUCCGUGACUAUAUUACUUAAGGUUUUUUUUUUUUUUUUUUUUAAUUGACCCCUCUUCACCCACGUCAACGUAUAAGAAAAGGCAAAAAGUAAUAUAAGAUAUAUGAGAAUAUAUUUAUAAAAUAUAAGACAGUAUAAGGAAGAAACAAUAUUAUUUAACAAGGUUUGCCAUUCAGCACUCUUUAAGUGUUAGAGCAUUAUCAGUAUUGUACGGCAGUUGGGACAGUAGUUAGCUUUCAGAUGUCAGAUGAAAGACAACUUUUUGAGUCACAGUGCCAAACUACUGCAGAAUAUUUUGAGCCUUAUUUUUCACCCUGAAGGGCUGGCAUUUAUUUAAUAGACAGAUGACACAGCCAUAUACUUGGUCAGAGGAUUUUAGGAAUUUCUUUAAGAAAGGUUCAUUGUUUUUGUUCUUUUAUCAUAGCUUCAGUUUGUAUACUUACUUUGGUUAGUGACUUAAACUGUUUUAUUAGGUGGUGACAGAUUUGGUUAACAGGGAAUGAUGAUAGGUGAAGAUUAAGUUGGUGUUCGUGUACAAAAUAAAACUGUCUAUAUGUAUAUUUGUCUGCUAUGUAUCUGUUUAAUUAUUAACUUAAUGAAAACAUUUAUUUUGACUGAUGAAUGCAGAAACCAGCAACCUUUUUCUAGAGACGAAGACGGAGCGUGUGUUUCGUGUCCGUAUCUGUUCAGCGGGGCAAUGUUUCUUUCUUUUUCUAUUGAUCUAACAGUAUCUUAAUUGUUUGCAUGACGUGUGUAGAUUGAUUUACUGUAUGCACUGUUUAAAAUUGAGCCUCAUUUUUUCCCCCCUAGAAUUGCACCCUUUAGAUGUCUUAUAAUGGAAUCAGCAGAGCUUUGUACGGAUGUGAAGACAGAGACUUGCAGUACUUCAGAUUGCGGGACGUCAGGUUCUGUGGGAUUUGUCAUCCCUGUGGAUCAACAGAAGCCUGUAAAAAAGGAAGAACCUGAAGAUGAAGGCUAUCCUUGUGGUGGUACAUCAAGUCCUGUAGAAUGUGUCAUGAUUAUUGACCAACAGACUGGAGGAUUCCAGAAGAAACCUGUAAAAGAGGAAGAACCUGAAGAUGAUGAGUUUCUCUACUGUGAGGACUGCAGAUCCUACUUCACCAACAAGUGUGAGGUUCAUGGUCCAGCCCUUUUCAUUUCUGAUACCCCUGUUCCCUUGGGGAUUGCUGACCGAGCCAUACAAACCCUUCCACCCGGUCUAGAGAUUAGAAAGUCUGAUAUUCCUGAUGCAGGCCUUGGGGUGUUCAAUAAGGGGGAGACUAUUCCACUUGGUGCACACUUUGGGCCGUAUGAAGGAGACCUGGUGGACCGAGAGGAAGCCAUGAAUAGUGGCUACUCUUGGGUGAUAUCUAGGAGCAGGCAGUGUGAGAAAUACAUAGAUGGCGAGAGAGAGAUGCAUUCCAACUGGAUGAGGUAUGUGAACUGUGCUCGUAACGAAGAAGAACAGAAUCUUGUGGCAUUCCAGUAUCGAGGAGGCAUUCUCUAUCGUUGCUGUCAACCCAUCAAAAAAGGACAAGAACUCUUGAUGUGGUACAAAGAUGACUACGGCAAAGACCUUGGCCUUGCGUUCGACUACCUCUGGAAGAAAAAAUGCUCCUCGAAUGAAAUGAAUGAUGCCCUGCUGCAAGUCUUCUCCUGCUCCCAGUGUCCAAUUUCCUACACAUCUCAGUUUUUCCUUGACAAUCACAUAAAGAGAAAUCACCAUGAAACACAUAUGCUGAUGUUAUUGAGAGAAAGUAAAAGUGAUAAUGUGAUGCAGAGAGAAAGCACCAGUACACGGCAAACAUCCAUUGGUAUGCUCCAAGCUAGUACCACUCAUGGACAAAUGCAAAAAGAAGAACAUCACUGCUCAGUUUGUGGGAAGGUUUUUGCUUACCAGAGUCAUCUCCACCAACACCAGCGCAUUCACACUGGUGAGAAGCCAUAUCAGUGCUCACAGUGUGGAAAAAGGUUUAAUCAAAAGAGUACUCUCCAAAGACACCAAGACACACACACGGGAGAGAAACCAUAUUAUUGUUCACACUGUGGGAGGAGUUAUACACGCCAGAGUACUCUCCAAUCACACCAGCGCAUUCACACAGGACAAAAACCAUAUCAGUGCUCGCAGUGCGGGAAAAGUUUCAGACAACAGAAUCAUCUCCGGCAACACCAGCGCAUUCACACAGGCGAGAAACCGUAUCACUGCUCGCUAUGUGGGAAGAGUUUUACUUGCCAGAGUCAUCUCCAAAUACAUCAGCGCAUUCAUACAGGAGAGAAACGGUACUACUGCCUACAGUGUGGGAAGAAUUUCAUUUGCCAGAGUCAUCUCAGAACACACCAGCGCAUUCACACGGGAGAGAAACCGUAUCAGUGCUCACAGUGUGGGAAGAAGUUUUCUGUGAAAUACGCUCUCGGCCAACACCGGCAUGUUCACGCAGGAGAGAAGCCACAUCGCUGCUCACAGUGUGGGAAGAGUUUUAAUAAAGGGCGUGCUCUUGAACAGCAUCAGCGCAUUCACACAGGAGAGAAACCGUAUCACUGCUCGCAGUGCAAGAAGAGUUUCGCUUGCCAGAGUCAUCUCCAACAACACCAGCGCAUUCACACAGGAGAGAAGCCGUAUCACUGCUCACAGUGUGGGAAGAGUUUCACUUGCCAGAGUCAUCUUCACCAACACCAGCGCGUUCACACUGGAGAGAAGCCGUAUCACUGUUCACAGUGUGGGAAGAGUUUUACCUGCCAGAGUCAUCUCCAACAACACCAGCGCGUUCACACAGGGGAGAAACCGUAUCACUGCUCACAGUGUGGGAAGAGUUUUACCUGCCAGAGUCAUCUCAGGACACACCGGCGCAUUCAUACAGGAGAAAAGCCGUAUCGCUGUUUACACUGUGGUAAAAGUUUUACCGACCAGAGUAGUUGUCAACAACACCAGCGUAUUCACACAGACGAAAAGCCGUAUCAGUGCUUACAUUGUGGAAAACAUUUUACACAGCAGCGUCAUCUCAAAGAGCACCAGCGCAUUCACACGGGAGAGAGACCGUUUCACUGCUCUCACUGUGGCAAGAGUUUUAAUAAAACGAGUGUCUUACAAAGGCACCAGCGAAUUCACACUGGCGAAAAGCCAUAUCUCUGCUCACAGUGUGGAAAGGGAUUUAACCAACAGAGUCAUCUCCAAAGACACCGGCGCAUUCACACGGGAGAGAAGCCGUAUCACUGCUCACAGUGUGGGAAGAGGUUUAAUCAACAGAGUGAUCUUCAAAAACAUCAACGCACUCAUACAGGAGAGAAAACGUUUCAGUGUUCACAGUGCGGGAAGAGUUUUGCUUAUAAGUGUAAUCUCAAAACACACCAGCGCAUUCACACAGGAGAGAAGCCGUACCACUGCGCACAGUGUGGACAGAGAUAUAAUUAUUUAAGUACAUUUAAGAAACACAAGUGCACCAACGUAGCGCAUUCAGCUUGUGCUACAUGAUGCGUCUACACUGU